AUGAGCUUUGUUUUCUCUCUCUCUAAAGUAGCCGCAAGGAAUUACCAUCUUCCUGCAUUUUCUCUCUCUUCCAAAACCUCCCAUUUUUUUCCCUCAGAACCAAAGAACUACUAUCUUCCUGCGUUUUCUCUCUCUUCCAAAACCCACCAAAUUUUUUCCACAAAUUCUCUCUCUUCAACCAGUGUUCUCACAAAUAAUGAGAGAAGUUUCAUCUCUCUUCUCCAAGCCUGUGCCAAAGGAAAGAAUCUCUCUAGAGGCAAACAAAUCCAUUCAUUAGUCUUGAUCCAUGGCUUCCAAAAGAUCCCUUCAAUUACUACUAGUCUUAUUAAUAUGUAUUCCAAGUGUGAUUGCUUGAAUGAAGCAUGCCUCGUCUUCGAUCAAACCCAAGAUCGAAACGUUUUCGCGUACAAUGCAAUUAUGGCUGGCCUCUCGGCUCAUGAGUUCUUCUCAGAAACCAUCGAAGCCUAUGCAGAAUUGUGGAAAUCGGGCUUAAUUCCUGACAAAUUCACUUUCCCCUGCACCCUCAAGGCCUUCUCCAACUCAUCCGAAUUGGGUCGAGGACGAAAUGUCCACGCCAUUUUGAUUCACUUGGGUUUGGAUUCAGAUGUAUAUAUUGGUAGUUCUUUGAUCAAUUUCUACUUGAAAUUUGAUGUCUGCGACGAUGCUCGUCAAGUAUUCGAUGGAAUGACUCAUAGAGAUAUUGUUUUGUGGAAUGCCAUGGUCACUGGUUAUGCCCAAAUUGGGAGGUUUGAUGAAGCUUUGGAGGUGUUCGAGCUCAUGGAGAGAGAAGGGAUGGAACCCAGUAAGUUUACGCUCUCUGGGAUCUUGUCAGUUUUUGCAGCAACAGGGGACUUGGAUAAAGGAAAAGAGAUUCACGACUGUGUUCGCAAGCUUGGUUUCGAAUCCGAUAUGGUCGUGUGUAAUGCUUUGAUCGACAUGUAUGGAAAGUGCAAGAGCAUGGAUGAUUCGCGAAAACUUUUCGAAGAAAUGCCUGAGAGAGACUUAUUUUCCUGGAAUUCGAUCAUUUUGGGCUAUGUGAAUGCGGGCAAACACGAGGAAGCAUUGCACAUGUUUGAUCGCAUGAGGGCCGGCGAUAUAAGCCCUGACUCCAUCACGUUGUCCACAGUGUUGCCCUCCUGUUCGAGCCUCGCAGCCAUCAUGCAUGGCAAAGAGAUCCAUGCAUACAUGAUAGCGACCGGAUUGAAGAAAGAUGAUGUCUAUGCUAACAAUGCAGUCAUGGACAUGUACGCCAAGUGCGGGAGCUUGGACGAGGCUCGGAAGGUCUUCAAGACCAUGGCUCACGGGGAUGUGGUGUCAUGGAACAUCAUGAUCAUGGGGUAUGGGAUGAAUGGCAACGGUGAAGAGGCCCUCGAUUUGUUCAGGCGUAUGAGGAGCAUUGGCGUGAGGCCCGACGAGGUCACCCUAGUUGGGGUCCUCUCGGCGUGUAGUCGAGCGGGGCUCAUGGGGCCCGGUAUGGACCACUUCUCUCAAAUGAAAGUGGACUAUGGGGUCAACCCGACGAUAGAGCACUAUUCUUGUGUAGUCGAUAUGUUAGGUCGAGCCGGGGACCUACACGGGGCCCACAAGCUCCUCCUAGAGAUGCCAUUGGAGCCAAAUCCCGUUGUAUGGCGUGCCCUACUCAGUGCAUGUAGGGUCCACAACGACGUCACCCUGGGUCAAGAGGUGGCCCUUAAGCUCCUAGAGCUUGAGCCUAGCCAUUGUGGCACCUAUGUGCUAUUAUCAAACAUGUAUAUGGCGCAAGGGCGCCAUCAAGAUGUCUCGGAGGUGCGUCGAGCCAUGAGGCGUAACGGGGUGGCCAAGACGCCGGGGUGUAGCUGGAUCGAGCUUCGAAGCGGGGUCCACGUGUUCUUGAUGGCAGACCGGAGCCAUCCGGAGUGCGAUAGGAUUUACGAAGAGCUCGAUGUAUUGGUCGGGAUGAUGAGAGAGAAUGGAUAUGUGCCUAAGGUGAACCUAGAGUUGCAUGAUGGAGAAGGCGAGCAAAUAGCUCGUCUCUUGGAGUCCAAUGGUUGAGUUUUGAAUGAUACAGAAGAGGAUCAUUUAGAACUACAUCGGAUGACACCAAGAUCGUGUAGAAAGAGAGAGAGAGGGGUUGAUUAGGACCAACAUUGUAACAGAGGGGCUUGUGCUCUUGUCGGGCUUAAAAAUGAAGACUAAUUCCUAAAAUUUACAAUUAAUAAAACAAGUUUUCCUUGUCUAUGGCCCAAAUAAGUGACUUAAGAAAGUUCCUCUCAGAGAAAGAGAGAGAGGUGAUAGAUUAUAACCAUUUCGACUAUUGU